UUGUAAGUCAAGCUAAAUCCUUCUGGAUUUCCCUUUCCACUCUCAUUUCCCCUUUUUUGAUCAUAUAAUUGCCGGAUACCGAUUUCUUCUCUAGUUGAUAGAUGAAGUCUUAAUUCUCAGUUCUCCAGAACCAUUUCUCCUUCUUUGCUUUAGUUAGUUGAUCAUACAUAUUGAUAUUGGGAGCUGAGUUGGAAUCUCUACAAUGAAGCCUUGUAAUAGAAUCCUAAGAAGAUAUAAAAGCUCAUCAAUUUUUGCAUUUUCUCCGAACGAGCUCGAUAAUUCAGUCAAGGACAUCUUGUCCAAGUUACAUCCCAAUUCAAUACAUCACCGUAGAUACCAUACUAGGAAUGCUGAAAUUGCGUGGUAUACCCGAGUGAUCAAUACGAAUUGGAGAAAUUUUAACAUUUCUCGUUCAGAUAGGAAUCAAUCUAGACUUUUUAGUGCUCCCGGCGGUGUCCAUAUAGGGGUUAGCAGGAGAAUUUCAUCGAUACUGAGCUUAUAUUCCUAUGUUAGAAAUCAUUCUACAUCAGUUGAUUCUCGUGUUAAUGAGAAAAACUUUGAGAAAGUUCACAUUCAAGGUGGAUUAAAUGUGAAGCCCUUUGUGAUUGAAAGAAUUGAGACUGAUCAAAACAAAUUGGAACAAGUCUCUGCAGAAACAAUUAAUGGUUCGCAUGUAAAUAUAGAUAAUCUGAAGGGUUUGAAUAAGGUUGAAAGGGAGGUGACUGAGAUUGAAAAGGAUGCUUGGAAGCUGCUUCGAGGUGCGGUUGUUACAUACUGUGGGAAUCCAAUUGGGACCGUUGCAGCUAAUGACCCUGCUGACAAACAGCCACUAAAUUAUGAUCAAGUCUUUAUCCGUGAUUUUGUUCCAUCAGCACUUGCCUUUCUCCUCAAUGGCGAAGGGGAGAUUGUCAGGAAUUUUCUACUUCACACAUUACAGUUGCAGAGUUGGGAGAGGACUGUCGACUGCUACAGCCCAGGGCAAGGUUUAAUGCCAGCAAGUUUCAAAGUUAGGACUGUGCCCCUUGAUGGAAGCAAUGAAGCAUUCGAGGAAGUUCUGGAUCCUGAUUUUGGUGAAUCAGCUAUUGGCCGCGUUGCACCUGUUGAUUCUGGAUUAUGGUGGAUUAUCUUGUUGAGAGCCUAUGGGAAGCUCACUGGUGACUAUGCUUUGCAAGAGAGAGUGGACGUCCAGACAGGAAUAAGGCUGAUUCUCAAACUCUGCCUAACUGAUGGUUUCGAUAUGUUUCCUUCUCUUUUGGUUACUGACGGUUCCUGCAUGAUUGAUAGACGGAUGGGGAUUCAUGGUCAUCCUCUUGAGAUCCAAGCAUUAUUUUACUCAGCCUUACUUUGUUCUCGUGAGAUACUGACAGUCACUGAUGCAACCAAGAAUCUUGCUGCUGCCAUUAGUAAUCGCCUGAGGGCACUCUCCUUCCACAUGAGGGAGUAUUAUUGGGUCGAUAAGAAGAAGAUUAAUGAAAUUUAUCGUUAUAAGACUGAAGAAUAUUCUACCGAUGCUGUUAACAAAUUUAACAUCUAUCCUGAGCAAAUUCCUUCUUGGCUAGUAGACUGGAUCUCUGAGGAAGGUGGCUACUUCAUUGGCAAUUUGCAACCUGCUCAUAUGGAUUUUAGGUUUUUCACACUGGGAAACCUUUGGUCCAUUGUUUCUUCUCUAGGCACCACAAAUCAGAACCAGGGAAUAUUGAAUUUAGUGGAGGCCAAAUGGGAUGACCUUGUCGGUCAAAUGCCUUUUAAGAUUUGUUAUCCUGCGCUAGAGCGUGAGGAAUGGCGCAUAAUCACUGGUAGUGACCCGAAGAACACGCCUUGGUCAUACCAUAAUGGUGGAUCUUGGCCAACCCUUCUGUGGCAGUUCACUUUAGCCUGCAUCAAGAUGGAAAGGCCUGAUUUGGCGGAGAAGGCUGUUAACUUGGCAGGGAAAAGGCUUUCCAUGGAUAAAUGGCCAGAGUAUUAUGAUACCCGAAAAGGAAGGUUUAUUGGCAAGCAGUCCCGGCUGAUGCAGACAUGGACUAUUGCUGGUUUCCUUACCUCAAAGAUGCUCUUACAGAAUCCAGAGAAGGCAUCCUUGUUGUUUUGGAAGGAGGAUGAUGAACUUCUUCAGUCUUGUAUCUGCAUGCUUAGCAAAGCUGCUAGAAGGAAGUGUUCGCGUUUUGCUGCAAGGCCACAAAUUCUUGUUUGAAAGAGGAGCAUCUCAAAGUUUCAACCCUCUUCUUUCAGGCUCCGGUGGUUCAGUGGCUUACAUGGGCAUGCAAUGAAAUCACUAUUUAGAUUAAAGCAAUCAUUUGAAGGUGACGUCAUUCAAUAGCAGAAUUGAUUCUCAAGAAACUCCAUUUUAUAUAAUGGAAAAUACCGUCCUCCAAUUUAAUCUGAGCUGCUAUACCGUUUAGUGACAGCAGCUCAUUGUAUAAGUUUCUUUUUUGUACCAUCAGAAAAGCUUUAAAAGGGUUUGAUUAAUAAAAAAGAGGAAUAAAUUUAGUCAA